UAUUUUCUUUAACAAAAGUCUCAAAACGUAUUAAAGAGAAGCAAAGACGCAAUCUUUCCUCUGAAGAUAUAUAUAAAUAUAGAGAGAGAGAAAAGUGGGAAAGAUCAAAUAUCAUCCAAUCUUGAAGACCAAAAGAGAGAGAGAAAGACUGGUAAAAUGGCUGUAAGCUCAACGGUUUUGUCAUGCCCGAAGAUGUUCGGAAGACGCCGGUCGGUGGCGGUGGAGAUGAGAACAAUACGGUGGGGAGUUAAGUGUCAGUUGUCACCCGUAAAACCCUCCAAAUAUUCAUCUAAAAUAACUACCGAUGUUCAACUGCACGAGUCUCCUCUGGCGUUGUUCGAUGAGUAUUUGGAGGAUAAGUCGAGGGUUUUCAAAGCAAUGUUUCCUGAUAAACCCAAAAGCUAUAGGCUUAACGAGGAAGAAUGGAGAAUCCAAAUGUUGCCAAUAAAAUUUCUCUUCCUCACUGCGUGGCCAGUGGUGGUCAUGCGGAUCCGAUGCAAAUCCAACGGUCAGGAUUACCCGCCUGAUGUACCUCUAGACAUAACCAAAGUCCUUGAGCUUAACAUGAUGAAAUGGGAGCUUCAAGGGCUUGACCGGGUCAUGGAGCCAUCUGAUUUCACUCUUGUAGUUCAAGGAGCAUUGUACCCAGACCGAGGCGGAAGGCACACAAGGCUCAAAGGUCGACUAGAGAUGAACAUUAGCUUUGUGCUUCCUACCGUUCUCAUGCUUGUACCAGAGGAUGUUAGGAGAAACGUUGCCAAUGCGGUUUUAAAUGGUUUGGUGGAUAAUAUGAAGCAUAAGGUUAUUGAGAGCUUGCUCGCUGAUUAUAAUAGGUUUAAGAAUGAAAGAAGAACACAUCAUUAGUUUUUAAUCUCAAGGCUAAAGCUUUAAUGGUUUGAAUGUAAUUUAUGCGCUCAUGUUUGGCGUAUACGUUUAUAUUAAACAAAACAACUUGUAUCAACUAGUAUAAAAUACACACCAUAAAAUUAGGAUUAUAAUUAAAAAAAAGGAUUAUAAUAGUCAACUGUUAAAAAUAGACGAAAACUAUUGACUA